AUGAUAGAUGAUGGAAAUUUAAAAAGGGAGGCCACGAUAUGUCACAUGCUGAAGCACCCGCACAUCGUCGAGCUGCUGGAGACGUACUCUUCGGAAGGGAUGCUGUACAUGGUGUUCGAGAUAAUGGACGGCUCGGAUCUCUGCUACGAGGUGGUGAGGAGGGCAGUCGCAGGGUUCGUCUACAGCGAGGCCGUGGCUAGUCAUUACAUGCGGCAGGUCCUGGAGGCGCUGCGCUACUGCCACGAGAACGACAUCAUCCACAGGGACAUAAAACCGGAGUGCGUCCUUCUCGCAACACCGGAGAACUCGGCUCCCCUAAAGUUGGGCGGAUUCGGGGUCGCAGUGCAAUUAUCGGAAAGACAUCCGGUCGCCAACGCCGCAAUCACCACGCCAGCCGAAUGCCUAGUAUCAGACUUCCGCACCAACCUGAGUCCACUGGGACGCCUAUACCUGAAGUCUGACAGAGCUGGACGGGUCGGAUGUCCGAGCUUUAUGGCUCCGGAGGUGGUCGAGAGGCGGCAGUACGGCAAGGCCGUCGAUAUUUGGGCGGCAGGAGUACUGCUGCACAUCCUGUUAUCCGGAAGCAUGCCCUUCCACGGAUCGGGGAGAAGACUCUUCGAGCAGAUCUGCCGCGGAAAAUUGCACCUCGAUUCGCCUCAAUGGGAAUUAAUCAGCGACAGCGCCAAGGAUCUAAUACAGCAGAUGCUCACCAUUGACCCCAAGCACAGGAUAACCAUUCAGGAGGUCCUGAAUCACAAGUGGCUCCGUGACAGGGAUAAAGGACUCAGGAUCCAUCUGACCGACACCAUCGAUGAGCUGAAGCGGUUCAACGCACGUAGGAAAUUGAAGUCGGUUAUAACGAGCGCCGUUAAUUCGAGCAAGUGGAAUCCGUUCGAUGAUCCGAACAUCGAUAGCUAUUCAGAUUUCGGCGAUGAUGAAGUGUCUUCGUGUGCUGUACAAACGAUAGUGAAUAGUUUGGACGACAUAAAUUGCCUGCAGGAGUCCCGGCCCGAGGAGCGCGCGCAUCUCAUGUCUUUGCUGGAAGACUCGCAUCUGCACGUCCUUCUGGAGCUGUACGAUCGGAUAGCCAGCAAAGUGGUGACACCUGUAAGGGCGCCUCCGAGCGACGCCGUGCAGAGGGCGCGCGACGCCGCCGACGCUCUCAGGGAGAUGGAGCAUCGUCGCGACGCCGACCACAGGGAUUUGCAGGAACUUCGGGACCUUCUUUGCCGGCCUCACAUCAAG